AUGCAAAUUACGGACUUAGCACGAACCGCGCGUAGUCUUUAUUCAAUGACGAUGUGUCAGAUUACUGUCGGUUAUUCGGCCGUCAUUUACAACCACUUAGAUUUGCAUAAGUUUGUUGACAGACAGCCGCCGCUCGUCGUGAAGGAGGAGGAGGAGGACGACGACGAGAAGAAGGAGAGGAAGAAACAUCAGAAGUUGGCUCCAUCUGCACCAGAAGCAAACAAAUUGUUUAGUAGAGUAGAGCGCCUUUUCACUACGUAG